GGCUAGGAGUGUAAUCAAAAGCCCUCUUCUUUGCAUGGCUUUCCAAAGGUCUCAGUUUUUCUUAGUUUCCAUUGCUGUUGUUCUCUUUUUCUUUUUUUUCCUGCAUAAUAGUUUUGCCAUUGAAACAACAUGGGAGGAGAAACACCAUCUUGUUCAAACUAGCUCUCUCUUACCAUCAUCUUCUUGUAGUUCAUCUAUCGAAGGUCCAAAAAGAAAAGCAUCAUUAGAUGUAAUACACAAACAUGGUCCAUGUUCCCAACUGAAUAGCAAUGGAAAAGCAAAUUCUGUUGAAACACUUAGUGAUAUUCUAAAUCAUGACAAAGAAAGGAUAAACUAUAUUCACUCAAAGUUGUCAUCAUCAUCAUCAUCCAGUAAUAAUAACAACAAAAUGAAGGAAAUAGAAUUGGAUUUUUCUUCAGCUAAUUUACCUGCAAAAUCUGGUGACCUUAUUGGAUCAGGAAAUUACUAUGUUGUCCUUGGACUUGGUACUCCUAAAAAGGAUUUAUCACUUGCUUUUGACACUGGUAGUGAUCUCACUUGGACUCAAUGUCAACCUUGUGCUGUUUCUUGUUACAAUCAAACAGAAGAAAUAUUUGAUCCAUCAAAAUCUACUACUUAUUCCAAUAUCACAUGUACAUCUCCAGAUUGCACUCAACUUCUUUCAGCUACAGGAAUCAAACCUGGUUGUUCUAAGUCAACACAAUCAUGCAUAUAUGGGAUCCAAUAUGGCGAUCGAUCUUUCUCCGUCGGAUACUUCAGCCACGAACAACUAACUAUUACGCCAACGGACACAGUUGACAAUUUCUUAUUCGGUUGCGGUCAAGACAACGAAGGCCUAUUUAACGGUAUUGCCGGUCUCUUAGGUCUUGGUCGUGACCCAAUCUCUUUUGUCCAACAAACCUCUCAGAAAUACGAUAAAACUUUCUCUUAUUGUCUUCCUUCUACUUCUAGCGAGGUUGGCCACCUCACAUUCGGUACCACGGAUAAUAAUCACGUAAGUUACACUCAAUCCCCCACUCAUUCUAAUGGAAAUUCCUUCUACUAUCUCGACAUUGUUGGAAUCAGCGUUGGUGGAACGCAACUUCCUAUCUCAUCUUCUCUUUUUUCCUCCGGUGGUGCCAUUAUCGACUCUGGCACGGUCAUUACGCGGUUGCCACCAACCGUCUAUGCCAGCCUGCGUGAUUCCUUUAAGGAAGGCAUGUCGAAAUAUCCUAAUGCUUCAGCUUUUUCAAUUUUGGAUACAUGCUAUGAUCUUAGUGGGACCGAGGUUGUGUCUAUUCCCAAGGUUAAUUUUUUAUUAGGUGGUGGUGUCACAGUGGAGCUCGUUGGUUCGGGGAUACUUUAUGUCGUGAGUUUGAAGCAAGUUUGCUUAGCGUUUGCUGCGAAUGGUGCUGAUAGUGAUCUUACUAUCUUUGGGAAUGUGCAACAAAGAACAAUAGAGGUUGUUUAUGAUGUUGGUGGUGGUAGGAUUGGGUUUGGUUCAAAUGGUUGCGAGUGAAGUUUGUUUUGAAUAUUUUGAUGAAUGUGUCAUUCUUAUUAAUGUUAUUGCAUACUAGCACUAAAUAAUUAGGUGGAGGUUGGAAUAGAAAGAAAAAGAAAUGGGAGGAAAUGUGGACAAAUUUGUGUUAUAUAGUGGUUGAAGAGAACUUUGUUGGAAAUGUAUAAUGUAUAGAGAUCAAAGGGUAUUAUUGAUUUCUGAUUGUUGGCAAUUGUUCAUAGAUGUGUGUAGUUUGAAACAAAUGUAAGCUUGUUUCCGAUAUUAAUGGUUUGUUAAAUACAACAAGAACUUCUUGUUAUAAAUUACUCCCUCCG